AUUACGCCGAGCAAUGGCGGUUGAGCGGAUCCGGGGUCCGUCUCUCAUGUAAACAACAAAAUAAGCGCACUCCUUUGUUUGAGAAAAGCAAAACCAGCGGCGAUUAGGAGCAUGAGAUUAUCGCAUAAGAGUCGCCUCAUCUGAGCAAUAAAAUGUCGAUGGAAGAUCCCUUUUUUGUGGUGAAGGGAGAGGUGCAGAAGGCCGUGAACACCGCUCAAGCGCUGCAUCAAAGAUGGAUGGAACUGCUACAGGAUCCGGGUGGUGCCAGCAAGGAGGAGGUGGACUGGACCACCAAUGAGCUGCGGAACAGCUUGAGGUCCAUUGAAUGGGAUUUGGAGGACCUGGAUGAGACCAUCAGUAUUGUGGAGGCCAAUCCAAGGAAGUUCAAUCUUGAUGCGAUGGAGCUGGCCAAGAGAAAAGCUUUCAUCACUGGCACAAGGCAAACUGUCAAGGAUAUGAAAGAACUCAUGGCUAGUCCAUUGUCCAUUUCAGUGUCUGAGAGGAAAAAUCGACAGACUUUGAUUGGGGAUGGUGGGUCUCGUGGACCAAUCCAGCAACCUAGCGGGGAUAAGUACACUAGACUGGACAGGGAGUUGCAGUCUGCAAACUCCCAGUUCAUUGGGGAACAACAGACCCAGCAACAGCUCAUAGCAGAACAGCAGGAUGAGCAGUUGGAGUUGGUUUCGGGAACAAUCGGCGUCUUGAAGAACAUGUCAGAAAGGAUCGGCCAAGAGCUGGAUGAGCAAGCUGUAAUGCUGGAUGACUUUUCACAUGAGAUGGACAGCACUCACUCCAGACUUGAUAAUGUCAUGAAGAAAUUGGCUAAAGUUUCUCACAUGAACAGUGAUCGACGACAAUGGUGUGCUAUCGGCAUUUUGCUGGCAAUCCUCUUCGUUGUGAUCAUUCUCUUCAUUGUUCUGUGAACAACACUCCGUCCUUUGCCAGCUACAGCCCUCUCACCUGCAUUUAUUGGAUCUAAGGUGCUUGGAAGGGAGAGAACGAACAAAACAAAAAACACUUUCCAUUCCAACUCUACUACUUUAGGCUGUAAAACGCUGCUGCUUUGUGUUUUACUCUGUCUUUGCUUCCUUAUAGACUGAGCCCAGACUGAUAACACCAUCACAAACGGCGUAAAAAAAACCAGCUCUGCUUGUUUGUCCAAAAGCACUAUGCUAUUUUUCUUUUCACAAGACCCUUUAGGUUUGACACUAAUGCCGUCUCCGUCAUUUCGUUUGAAUGGAUCAAUUGAAAAGGACACGAGACUUUUGUGGAAAUGCGAGAGACUUGUUGUAAUCCAGGGUAAAUUGCGCACUUGUUACUUUGAGUGUUUUUUGUUCAAAUGGACCACAACUUUUAGAAGACAAAAAAUAGCUAAUUGCAUUAUGCUAUUUUGUAAAGCAACUUAGGGCUACCAAACCAGAUUUCAUGUUAUUAUAUUUACCUGUGCGCUGCUGCUACAGUAGGUUUAGUCUACUGUAAUUAUUCAAUGUUAACUAAAACGUUCUAACAACUAAUCACUGGAGUUUAAUGAACCAGAUACUGUUUAAGCGGGUAUUAUACUAAUCGUACUAAUGCGAAAUUCGUUAUUUACUGUAAAAGUGUUUUGAUUUAUGUGUGCUUUGUUUACUUUUAGUCUUUUUUUUACAAGUUAUCGAUAAUCAGUUAUUAACUGAGGUUUAUUAACAGGCACUACUAUUUGCGCAAUUUGCGAAACUGGAGGGACUCAUGUUCAGUGGAAGUUUUGAAGAUAUUAAAUGUUUUGAAAUGCUUAGAGGCUAGGGUAUACUUCGUUUUUCCGCGUGCUUGUACGUCUCACGUUUUUAUCGCAAGCCCAUAUGGAUGCAUUCGACACAUGCACCGUACGACUGCUUUGUGAGACUGUUUUAGCAUAGUCAACGCACAGUAUGCGCGGACUGUCUGCAUGCAGCCCACUUUUUCUAGACAUGCGGACUCCGCAUGUACUGUGCUGGUGAUUAAAAUUAUGUAGUCAAAGAAACGAAGUGUACUGGGCCUUAAAAGUCCCCAAAUAUACUGACAACUCCAAUAUCCCUCAGAGUUACAGACAACAUUGUUGUUUACUAAGUUACAUAGGUUUGUGUUUGAAUUGUAGAGCUUUAGCAAUCAUCUUAAAUUGCGUGACAAUGGUUUAUUUGUGUCAUUUAUCUGUAGAAAUUUUGGGUCAAACUGUUUUUUUUUUUUCAGUAUAAAAGUAUAAUUUGACAAAAUUAAAUAUUUAAGUGGUUAGGUCCUGUAACUAUCUAGCCAGUGCCUUAGCACAGAAGAGGGUAAAGUUACAUUUCAUUUUAGGACGCCGACCACUCGUGACUAAACACUAGAUAGAAUUUCCCAUUUUUAAACAGCUCAAACCAUCAAAUGAGUAUGUUCGGCCAAUAUUAAGCGUUGCAUGUUUUGCAGCAGUCACUAAUAUAAAAAUCAUUCUAUUAAUUUUCUUUUGACAGUAUGACACUACACAUAUUCUGUGUAAACCAUGGAGUACAUAUAUCUUAUUGGAUAUUUGUGUUGUUUUUGUUGGUUGUAUUUUAAGUUUAAAUUAUCUCUUUGGUAACUCUCAUGAAGAAAUGGCCUAUUUCAUGAAACGACCAUAUUUUAUGCGAAAAUCAAAAGAAUAAAAAAAGCAAAUUUUGCAUGAUUAAGCUGGUCAUAAAAAAAUUUCACAAAGUGAAAAACCGUAUUAGUCCUGAAAAUAGGCUUUAUUAUGCAAUAUAUAAUUUCUUUUGUUUUGAUUGGGGGCGAAAUAUGACCCUGACAUGUUUUUGACGAGCUUCGUGAGAUUCACCCUCGUACAUUUUCAACUGCCUAUUGUCAAGCAAUCAUAACAUUUUACUAUGUAUUUCAAAAAGACAGAAGGGAAAUACAGGGAAUUUACAGUGUUUUCUUUCAAACUCUUGAAAAAGUUGAAUCGGCCCGCAGAUGGUGUUAUAGCUCAUACUGAAGCAGUAUGUCAGCUCACUUGAUUCAAAGUGUAACUGAACUGAUUGCUCUGAGAAUUAUAUACGAUACAAAUAAAAACUAAUUAUUGCACAAUUACAUUACUGUUCUUGAGCAGUGACAGUCUGGAGAGAUCAAGGUAGUGAACGGGCUCAAAUUCUGUUCUUCCUGAUUGUGUGAAUUUCAAUUGUACGUGUUCUCUUUGUUUGAUCUGUGCUACUGAAGAGAGUAUUUAAGUAUUUUUACCACACUUUUUUUUUCUCCAUGUCUCAGAAAAUGCGGUAUGAAAAACCACCCCAUGUUCCCACACCCAUCAUUUGUUUGUCACUGUGUGAAAUUCAGAGCCCCAUUAAAAAUAAUUGCAUAUUAUUUUUGUUUUUCAUUCGAGUUCCUAUAGAUGUGUGUUAACAACCUAAAUGGACAUUAAAGGAAUGUUCCACAUCUAAAACAAGUUAAACUUUAUGGAAAGCAUCUGUAAGCUGUUGAUUAACACAGGAAAAAAAAAAAGUGGAUGUGGCAUUACAGUUAUGCACUUACAGUAAAAUAGAAGUCAAUAGAGUGGAGACAUUCUGGAGGGUUUAAAAGCAGAAAUAUGAUGCUUGUGUUUUUUUAUGAACACACAAAUUCAUAUAAAUUGAGCUGUACAAAUCCCUACAGCUUUCUUUAAGCAUUGCCACGGUUCUAGGUUGAUUAACUUUUGGUUUUGUUAUCGCAACGUAAUUCCUGUGGGAGUAUUUUUCUUCUAUGUCAACAUUACCUUAUAUCCUUGUGCAUAUUUGUGCGAACAUUUCCGGGUUUGUCGUCUUUAUGUGGUCAUGACAGGAGGUGAAAGAUUAUAUCUUUACAUAGACCAAGGCCACAUCCACACUAAUCCAUUUCCUAACAUCAUUGUUUUCCAAAGUAUGGAGUAAUGGAGAGCGUUUUCAUGGGGGGAAAACACUAUUCUAGUUUGGAUGAGAGGCAUAUACAUAGCGAAAUUAGUGCGUUUUCAAAUUGCAUGGACGUGGCCAACGUAAGCAAGUAUUUGAUCACACUAGUUUCAUGUUCACAUGUAGAAUGUAAAAGUCUUAGGACUUUACUUUAGAAACAUUGUGUAUUUUAACAUUUAUCCCAGUAAGUCCAUUUGUAAGUUUCAUUUCGUUAACCUGCCCCUAAACAUCAUAAAACAAAAUAAACUGUGGUUGGUCUCCUUACCUGUCAAGGUUCUUGGCCAGAAUAAGCUGCAAAGUAGACCAGAGUUUUUGCUGAUGGUUGAACGCAUGGCUCUAAGGACCUAAUGCAUUAUUGUUUACAAACUGAGGGUUGUCAAAAUUAUUGUCUGUGGUAUUUGACAGUGUUACAGAUACUGUCAAUAGAGCUUAACUUGUAUUGCACUCAGUUCAUCUCUUUAAGGGAUAUUUAAUCUGCAUUUUUCUACUGUUUAGAAUUUGAACAUGCUAACCUCGUCUUAGAUCAGUGCAGUAUCUAUUAGAAAAUUACCAUUGAUUAUUGUGUUGAUGGUGACCGUCAUGUAUGAGUAGUAAUCUAUUGAUUCAAAAAGCCUGCAGGCAGAAUAGCUGUUCCAUAGAGGCCAAAGAGGGGCCAUUCUACCUUGAAUUUACGACAGGUGGUGUUUUUCGCCUCUUCCUCCCCCCCCAUUUGUCUGGGCCAGUAAUGAUUAUAAAUCAACACCUGAGUCCCCCAACAUUUAAUGGUCUCCAAGAGCUGAAGCAUUAUGAUUGAAAACUAUACGGGUAUUCUGUGUUCCCAUAUAUUUGAGGCAUUUUGGAGCUUACACAGAAACAAAUUGUGGACCAAAUUGAGAAAUUAUAUUUAUAAUACUGCUACAUUUAUAUUAUUUUAGCAAUAUUAUUUCUAC